AUGCCUAGAGCUGGCUCUGAUACACAAGCUCUGUCUAAAAGGAAGGCCGACCCUGAUGACGCUGACGAUGAUUGGGAUAUUGAGGAGCAUACCUCUUUAUCACCCAGCAGGACUCUUCUUCCGCGGCCAGUGGCUUCCCUUGUGACACUAUUUGCCCAGUCGACAUCUCUAUCUCUUCGUGUCGGGACAUUCCUAGGCAGAUUUACUAUCGAUAGUGCAAGAGCUACAACUCUCACCGGCCUGGCACUGAGCAGGGCUGUUGUCGAAAAGAUCCUGCUAAAAGCUGGAAGGGAUGUGGCAUUGCAGGGCACCGAGUAUGGAAGGGCGGAGGCCGAAUCGCUGUUGGAGCGCAGUUUGGCAACAUUGCACUUGACUAUAACGUCAGCGUCAUUCUUUGCCUCUGCCGGUUUCCACUUGUCUUCAGUGACCUUAUCUUCGUUUUCCGAUUUCUCUCAGAAUCUUCUUUCCACGCUGGAUGCCAUUCUGGGAUCGUCUGAGUCGUCUCGUGCAAUUGCAGCUAUUGUCACUCUUAUCAUAAGAGAAUUUCGCAGCAAGGACACUGAGUAUGGUAGAGAGAGAGCUGGCGUAUCUGAUCUGCUGGUUGGUUCUAUCGGCUUCCUCUUACUGCAGCGCUGGGGUCGACGAACCACUGAGAGGGAAAUGCGGGAGAGUGGAAAGGAGGAAACGGUUUGGGAUGUAGUGAUUCUGGACAACGGGUUGAGAGCGGAUGUGGUAGGGACCCAACACACGGAUUACCCUGAAGAUCUCGACACAGGGCCGGCCAGUGCCACUACGCGCCCAGCAUCUUUCGUAAUACCAAACGAGGCUGACGGGACUGAGCUUUUCGGAACAAUGGAAUAUGACGCAUCUGUCAGUCGACACACUCUGGGCACCCUUUUCCCCCACGUUUCACUCCCCGCAGAUCAGCAGCACGAACUUUCUGAGGAGGAAAUUCGAAUAUACAUUAUGAACCAGCUACCAGAAGGCGCCAGAGCUUCCAUAAAAACCGAUACGAUAACGUCCAGAACCAUUACGGUUGACUUUUAUGAUCACGACGUUGUUGAUAUAUCUCCCCCGCCUGGUACUGCAAUGGUAGCAGAAAGGUUUCACCAUCUUCUGGACGCUGAAUCAGGAGAUAAUUCAAACAACUGUGUAAGUCACUUGCCUAAGCAUACGGUUGUAUUUCGAACCUCCUCAAACCACACGGAAAGCGCAGAACUACGCCGAGAGGGGCCGAAUGGUCCGCCACAUACUCCAGACCAAGACGGCAACACGCGACCUCCGUUGCAAGAUACGCGGGAAUUGAGCAAAUCCGAUGAUCUAAUGGCUGAUGCGGGGCCAACUUUUACCGAUAAUUUGCCUGUAUCGGAUCCUUCCGUAGAGAUAACGGGUGAUAGCCGAUCCUCUCGAAGGGCCCAAGCCAUUCCCACAAGCGACUCUGAAGUGCAGAAAGGAACUCGUGUGAAAUGUCCAUUCUCUAAGUUUACCCAGAAGGUAAUAUCUCCCACGGAUGAUAAAGUGAGCAAUAAAAUGCCGCCGUUGCAAAGGAUUUCCAGGGGUUUAGCCUCCCGUGGGGGAGAGGACAGUCAAUCAGACAAGGAAAAUAUUGCCCCGCCAAAUACCCCGAAAAACCAUUUAUUGAAAAUACCAUCUGGCAGACCCAACAUCAGCGAAACUCUGCAUUCCGUUGGGCCAAAGCUAAAACAUUCGAGUUCAACUGACAAGACUUUGCCUCGUAUGCCAUCGAGACAUGAUUCUUCAAACCAGAAACGAAAUUCUGGCAAUUCUACACAUCCAAACACCUCUCGGGUUAAAAGCUCUUCAAGGCCAAGUUAUUUCUCGGUUCGAGGAAAGAGCGUCGAAUCUUUUGUCGCGCAGACUGAUACAUACUCCCGCCGCCCUUUAGAUUCAAGACCUAGCUCUCCCACUAUUGCAAGGAAUCACGUUCGUAGCAACAGCGUCCUCUCCAGGACGAGGUCAGAAAAAGAUAUAUCUACCCUACUUAACGAUGAUGAUGCCUGCCCUCGAACUCCAACAGCUCAUCGUAGAGGAUCUAUCAUAUCCCUGGCACCGAGUACAUAUUCCAUUGCUGACGCCGGAUCAGAAACUUCUCUGGUGCUUGCCCCUCGACCGGCAAAAAGUGUAUACGAAGAUCAAGCCACGAUUCGGGCCCUUAAGCGUGACGGGAGGGUUCCCGGAAUGUUCCCUGACGACCACAUUGUGAAAAAUAUCCAGAGAUUUUGCCGCUUCUCAUCUGCAUCGUAUGGUUCGAACUUCCUCCGCAUAAUGGGUAUCGGAGAAGUCAAACAUACAUGGCAGAAGAACAAAGAUAUUUAUGAUGAUAAUCAUGAGCACCGUUCAUUUUCGAAACAUACUGGACUCCCAGCGUCAACUAUACUGCUUUCAUCCUUCGUCGACCCUGCUGGUGGCUCGAAUUCAGCUGGUGAAACAGCUGAAGGGUUCCCCUUGGUCCACUAUCUAUCCCUAGAUCAUGCCUCCAAAGCCGUUGUCCUGACGCUUAGAGGAACGUGGGGAUUUGAAGAUAUUUUGACAGACAUGACAUGUGAUUAUGACGACCUCUACUGGUUGGGAAAGACAUGGCAGGUUCACAAAGGAAUGCAUGCGUCAGCAAGGCGGCUCCUCGAAGGAGGUGGGAGGCGUGUCAUGGUGACCAUGCGAGCCGCAUUAGAGGAGUUCCCAGAGUAUGGUGUCAUUUUCUGCGGCCAUUCCUUAGGCGGGGGGGUCGCUGCUCUCCUCGCAACCCUAGUGUCGAAGCCAAAAGAUCCCGACAAACCUGGUCCUUCCUUCGUAACUGCAUCAGAUCCUUCACUAGACAUGUCCAUGGUAUCCUCCAGCAGCACGCAAAUCGAAAAGCAUCCGAACCAACUCUUUCUCCCCUCAGGACGACCAAUACACGUCUACGCCUUCGGCCCACCCGCCGUAAUGUGCCCGUCCCUCCGCCGUGCCACAAGAGGUCUAAUCACAACAGUCGUCAACGGCCAAGACAUCGUCCCCACAUUAUCCCUCGGCGUCCUCCACGACUUCCACGCCGUCUCCAUGGCGUUCAAAAGCGACAUGUCCGACGCCAAGUCUCAUGUCCGCUCACGCGUCUGGGAAAGCAUCACUGCGCGUCUUAUGAACGGGUUCUGCGUAAAUAGGCCGCCACUAUUCAUACAUGCAGGCGAUAGAGUCGGCGAGGAUUCCUGGGCCUGGACCACGCUGAAAUCCCUGCGAGAGAACCUGGUUGCGCCAAAGCUACUACCCCCUGGCGAAGUUUUUGUCGUCGAAACGAUGCGCGUUUUGCAGCGCGAUUCAUUUACACUGGAUCCCUAUAGCAGCACUGAUGGGUCGCCACGCCUGGGCCGACCUGCAACUCGUGUGCAGCUAAAAUUCAUCCGCGAUGUGGAAACGCGGUUCCGUGAAGUCAGAUUUGGGUCCGGGAUGUUGGGAGAUCAUAGUCCCGGUAGGUAUGAAGCUAAUCUGGGAGUCUUGGCGAGGGGGGUUUUAGAGAAUUGA